AUGUGUCACUAUGGAAUACAUAAAAUUGAAACAGGAAAGGGACCAAUAAAUGUAUACUUUGAAAAACAAAGUAAAUUAUAUUGCUUAGUUCAUACGAUAAAUAAUAUAUUGCAGGCACAUGUAUAUUCUCCCAAUGAUUUUAGAGAAUUUGAAAACAACUUUGAUUACACAAAGCUAAAUAAUAACACGUCAGACGAUAAUAAUAGCAUAAAUGAAAACAAUAAUAAAUCUGGUGACCUAAAUAUAAAAGACACACUAAAUUUUGAAACCAUUUUUUCCUAUAUUAAAAGAGGAAUUAAUUAUUUUGGAAAUUUUAAUAUUGAUGUUUUAUAUUUUUUUGUGAGCAAACAUAAUAUUGAAUUACAUUGGGUUGACAAUAAAGAAAUAUUUAAAAAAUUAAAUCAAAAUAAUGAUUGCCUUUCAUUAUUUAGUGACACCGUUUUAAAUGACCAAAAGCUAAUUGCUUUUGUAAUAAAUUUAGUUAAAAUAAAUUUUUUAAAUAUUUACAAACAUAGACAUUUUUAUACAAUAAGAAAAAUUUCAGGCAUGUGGUUCGUGCUGGAUUCCUCACACAGCAAGCCCGUUUUGUUACCUACUAGCCAAGAAAUAAACAAACAUUUAAUUAAUAUAGUAAAAGAUAAUAAUUUCACUAAUCGUGAUAAUUAUAUUAUACAAGUUUUUAAAAAUUCUGAGAAAUAA